AUGUACAGUAAAGGGGUGGUCAGAAGGUUUGUGCAACCCAAAAACCACAGCAUCAGGAUCGCGGUGCUAGGGUACCCCCUGUUGGGUGUGUGUGGAGAUGUGCUGUUUGGAACUGGACAGGCAGCGAGUCUGAGAUCGCGGGGGUGGUGCCAUAGGCGAAGAUGGUGGGAAAGCUGA